AUGCGCGUACGGGAGGACCCUCGGGGCGCCGCGGAGCUCUUCUGCGGGCAACACGGCAUCACCGACGCGAAAACGAUCGACCUCCUGGGGGAAACCCUGGCGGAACUGCACAAUUCCUCGCCGUAUUCUCCUUCUUCGUCGACGCAUCGACCGUCGUCUCUGACGUCGCAACAUUCAACACAGCCAUCCCCACCACCACCGGAGGCAGAGGAGUCCACGUGGGGGGCACCGCGGAGAGGAAAUAGUGGAGUGGACCGAGGUGCAGCAUCCACCAGAGGGGGGGCAUCCGGAGAGCAAGCAGGACGAGACGCAGAGGAAGCAGUAGAGGGACCGUUGGCGGGAACACGCGUGGAGGAAAUCGCACGGAAAAUGAGGGCAACGGCAGAGGCCUCCCACGACCCCUCCGAUCCCGCCUCGGUGUUCGUAGACCUCCUCGUCAACGGGGACCCCGCCCCGCUCGUGUUCCGCAUCCCUCCUAAGAAGGCGCCUCACCGGCAGCCGCGAUUAUCCGACGGCGGCGUUUCUGAACAGCAAGGAGAGACGGGACAACAACAACAAGGGAGGGAAGGGGAGGAGGAGGAGGAGUGGGGUUUGGAAGAGGAGUGGGAGGAGGAGGCGGAGAAAAAUAAGAAGGAGGCGAUCGGGGCGGCGGCGGCAGCGUGGUGCCGAGAGUUUGGGACCAACCGACCCGAAGACAUGGCUUUCGUGGAGGCGGAGAUCGAGAAGGCUAUUGAGUCGGGCACGGCGGCGGCGGCCGGCGUCAACGAAAGGCAGCAUGCCCCGACGGCAGCUUUGGAGCCUCGCGAAGAAGGGCGUUCGGCAGCGGUAUCCGGUGCCCGGGAGGAGCUGCUGCAGAGCAAAGACUCGGAGUUGUCGGACGAGGGCGGCGUGCGGCCGAACCGGAGCGAUCGCGGGGACAGCAGCAGCCGCAGGAGGACGAAGAGGGGCACGGCAGAGAAGCGCUUGACGCUAUCUUCCGUGCUUGCGCCAGACGUGGAGACGGGCACGAGCAUUUUCUGGGUAAAGGUGGAUCCGAGUCUACCGGAGGCAUACGUGACGGCAGGCUCCUCCGCGCUCGAAAUUUCGGAGCGUUUUUGCCGGACGCACAACCUGGGGCCGUCGCAGGUGGCAUGGAAGCUGCUUGACGCGUACCCGGUGCAGAUGGAGGCUGCCAGGAGAGACGGAACGCUGCUGCCGGCUAGGGUAACGCUGCGGCAUGCGGCCUGCCAACGAGAGGUGGCUUUCGUCUCGAUCGUUGCAGUGUUGUGGGUCGCACGAAAACGUCGUUGGUGGUUGUUCAAGCGCGCGACUCCCGCUCCCGCCGACUGUCGACGGAGGAAAAAAGGAACCGCGCUGAUUCUGUCCCGAGCGUACAGACUAUUGGCCCGUCUCUGGGGACGCAUGCGAGGCAAGAACACCCGGGGAAGGAGACCUGUCAUCCCCUCCCCCGGAGGGUGCAUGGGUGAACGUCCUCCCGUGUCUCACGAUCAAGGCGACGUCCGCACUGGUUUCAUCGGCCGCUACUUCUUUGGUCGAGUUCUCCGCACGGCACGCGGGAAGAACGUCACCGCUGCACGCGCAGAGGUGGGCAGCGACGGUCCUGCCACUACUGCAGCUCCGACGAUCGCCGCCAAGAGGGCUCCCCGUAAGGGCGCCAUCACCUCCACCGAAACGGCCGUGGACACGACGACCGCACCCGGUGUAAACAAUGAUCACCGCAGCAGUUAUAAAACCGACGAUGACAACGACGUCAACGGGAGUGGUGAGAGUCUCCUGGGCAACGGGUGGUGGCCGUCGUCGCCGCUGUUGUCGUCGUGGGCGGAAGCUGCCUUGUUCGAGGCCGGUCGCGUCGCCGGGACGUUCGUCCGCGUGGCCGUGAUUCGACCGCUGGCGUACGUUAGCGGCCGCGGGACGAAGCCCCACACCCCGGCUUCACCGACAAGAACGAGAUCAAAACCCGUCUCGGGGAAGAGCCGCAGAAGAAACGCCAAUGGUAGUAAUCCGAGGAGGACCGGAAUCGUCGCCCCUAACAGGCCGCGGAUAGAUGCGAAAGAGUGCGCGAAAACCCAGGAAAAGCCCGCGGGUAUUCGUAAACCGCCUACGGGAUGUCCCGCGGACGGAGACGUCAACGCCCCGGAUACAUUUGAGGGUGCGGACGCCUGCAGAAUGCCACCCUCUUCGGUAGCAGGCGUGAACCAACAUGUGCCACCGAGAUGCAUGGUUGGAGCUGGGACGGACAAGGCUGAGGAGGUUGCGGCAAACACUGACUCCGUUUCCGGCAGUGGGAGCUGGACAUCGGUAUUGGACGGAUUAUCGAAAGAUCCGGGAAACAGGUUCAUGCAGGUCGCUGUCCUGUCGAGCGUGGGCAAGGUGCUGGCCAAGACCGACUCUUUUGCUAUUGAGACGCACGAGGCUUGCGACUUGGGUGAUAUCACGGUAGGUGGGAGCAAGUUAAUGGUGCUAUCGAGGCAGGAAGGCAGCAUCAUCCUUUCAAACAAACCUCUCGGAAGCAAGAUGAUCGGGCUUAAAGGCCGGUCCGGCACCGUUGUCCUAGGAACCUACACGGAUCUUUCAAAGCUGGAGGCCAGGGAGAGUGUGACAUGGCUUGCUGAUGUGCUCGCAUCUGCCCCUGUUCGUUGA